AUGCCUCCUGAUUCCAAGACUAAGAUUCGGCCCCAACAAUCCUGUGUACGAUGUCGUGAACGUAAGGUUAAGUGCGACCGUUCCAGACCUUGUCACGCCUGUAUUAUCCGCGGCCUCGAAGCAGAAUGUACAUACCUCGCAACUGCCGAAGAUCAUGCGCAAAUCAACCAGGCCGAGAUUAUCGAUCGCUUGCGCCGUGAAGUCGCGCAGUUGCGGGGACAAUUGAGUCAAGGUCCUGCUCCUCGACAGGGUCCUAGUCCCGGCAGUAUUCGUCGGCGACACGACUAUGCCCGAAAAUAUGGAGGAGGGGGAGGGGGAGGGGGAGCUUCCAACGGCGACAGUCGACGUCGGAAUGGAUAUGCGGGGAAUCGCGUGGCGCAAAGGCAGACCAACACUGCCGGAAGUGUGAAUGGCGUCGAGAACGAAGGGAGCUGGGCUGGUUCCUCCCCCAGUUCGACUACGACCACCAUGACCAAUUCAAACUCAGUGACCAUGACCAUGACCAUGACCAGCCCGGAUAGCACGGGCACUGGCAGUGAGAAUGGAUCCACCAUGUUCUCGUAUCCCGCGCCAGCUCCGUAUGGGGCGGUUGUCGAGGCCGAAGGCGCGGGCGCAUUCAACGAACUUGGCUGUUCAACAAAUCCAGACGAAGUGACCGUGGCCUACUGCCAACCCGAACUUCCCACGUUCGGCGAGAUCCCGGCCUCGGCUCCCUUGCCGCAAGGGAUUAUCUCGCAACCAAUCAUGCAUCCAGACGCCUCGCAAUUUCAGCGGAUCUCCUCCAUGCAGCUGGACGGGCCGUACGGGGACGCGCAGGGCUAUAUUCCGACACGCGAUUAUUACGAGAAACCAGACUCUCAGUCGCAAAUACAAGCACAAACACAAAUACAAGCAGAAGCCAAAACACAGCCACAUGUAUACCCAUGGGGUCACGAUGCAAUGGGAUCGCAAUUCUCAGCCCCUUAUUCGGAUCCUUUUUCGCAGUUAGUCUCCAUCAAUCCAUUCGAUUCACACGCAGCUACCGCGCAAACCACAUCACCGAUCAAUCAACAUCCUCACCAACACCAACACCAACUGGACCCGCUCCAGCGAGAACUCACCCCAAAUGCACUCGAUUCCAUCCCAGACUCCUGGAAGAUCGAAGGGAAAGAAGAGCUUCUGGAAACUUUACUCCAAACAAUCAGCAGCUGCGACGAGAAAUCCGUCGCGCAGGUUGUCAGCGUCGUGAGAGCCAGUGCCACGCCUGAGGCGGCUGUCUCGGGAAUAUGCCAAGUUCUAGGGAUCAGCGGGAUCAGCGGCCAAUGA